GCGUCUCGUUGUCUGAAUAAUUGAUCUAUUUCAGAUUUCGUUCGCAUGUUGUAAUGGCAGAUUAGAGUCUUUAUUAUCCUAUCUCUAGUUUAUUAUCGCUACCUUAUUGGCAUACAGCUAACCGUUACUAGGUAUAGCAGUACUAUACAUUAAUUAUAUUGAUGGUAUUCAGCAUUUGACAUUGGCCCUACAUAGACAGAGCAGUCCUUCUAAAUUGCCAAGAAAGCCCAUUGUGACUACAAAUGCAUUCUCUUCUACCAUCUACAAAACUGUGCAUAAUAACUGAAUGACUACAACAGCUGCACAGAACGUUUCGAAAGACAAAUUGAGGCCAGCUCAGAAAAAUGGAGCGGCCACUUCACUCGAUGUGUUCUACACCAACCCUGUCACGUCCUCACUACCCUCUGCUGGUGGGGACCAGUUCGAGGGGUUCCAGCGCCAGCCACACCAACCAGCAGCAGUGGCAUCCAUAUCUAUGGUGCAGUCGCACCUUCAGCAAACGCCCAGUAAUGCAUCUCAACAUCACGUGAAGUUGCACCGAGUGAAUUCUGCCGCUUCGACUGACGAUGAUGGAGACCACAGUCUCUCACUGGCUCCCGAUCAUUCCAUUAUCUCUUCAUCUCACUUGACUCACCCUCUAGCAGAGCAAGUAGCAUCACUAGUGGACCAAUGUGCCAAAGAGACAGUCUACAACUUCCUGUUCAAUGCCAGUAUUGAAAAGCCAAAUCCAAAUCCAAAUGUUGUGUCACAAGCUAAAGUACCUUCGAUUGUUUCUGGGUUCCAAAGUUUCGACCCUUUCGCACAAUCGGUUGGAUCAGUUUCGUCUAGUAAAAAAGAACCCCACGAAUUUGCCGCAAACGGACACGUGUUCAAAUCAACUCACCAUAAAAAGCAAUCGCCAUCAUUAAACAGUAGUACUAGUAGCAGCAAAGUUGUUCACACAAACAAUUCCCAGUCUCGUAACUCGGAUAUUCCAGCCGAUGUGUUCGACUUGGAAUCAAGUAACAAUAUCAAUACUCAGUUCAACUUCUCCGAUCAUCACGGAGCUAUGAAUUUAGAUCUUUCAGCACCUAUCCAAGUCAACAUGAACACAUCAAAUUACGAAGCGGCACAGUCGCCGCGAGCUAAAGAGUCGCCCCCAUAUAUCGAUAACUGGGCGUUCAAUUCAAGCCAGAAUGGGGGAACUGGAAUCAGCGUCCCCCCAUCGCCGCCCAUGUCCCGAAAGCACGCUGUGCAUGCGGGCAGUCCGACUGUGAUGGGAAACAACAACCAUGAAAAGUAUGUGGAGCUGCUGGCUCAACAUAACAGCUACAAGAAACAGAUUCUGGAUCUAGAGGACAGUCUGAGGAAGAACAACGGACGUUCAUUGACAGAAUCGGAACUAAGUUCUAUUCCAGAGUACCGGCAGUUGGCGUCUCAGAUUGUGAAAAUACGAACGCGUUUGAAAGAAUGGAAAACCAGCGGUGACUCGUUUAACGGGGGUUCGGAAACGAAAGAAAACAUGACGGAUGGGUUUUCGAGUACGAAGGAGAAGUUGAGAAGUAUGCGCCAGUGCAUUCAAACUUCGAUGAGCAAGCUAGCUGAUAAAAGAAGAGAAGCUAAUCGACCUUAUGACAUUGGAAAAAUGACUGAAGUAGAAGCGAAGAUUGAAAAGGAACAAACUCAAAAAGAAUUGCUUGGUUUUGAGAAAAUGUUCGGACGUGCCAAAACUGCGGAAGAGAGGCAAAUUGUAACCGAGUUGUAUGACAGAUACAGGUCGCUUAAAAAGACGGUAAGACAAAGGCCAAGUAGAAUAUCGGCUACUGUAGAAUCGGACAUCACUGACAUCAAUUCUGACUUUGGGGAAAAUUCGCUAGGUCUGCAUUACAAUUUGACUAACACAUCAGCAGGUAUGUCGCGGAACUCCUCGGCAGCCAGCGGGUCAACAGGAGGCGAGCGGGGGGAGAGAUUUUCGCCCUCGUUUCAGAGUGAAAACUUGAUGAAAUCUUUGAAGGGAGUGUCCUAUGCUGACCUGCAAGCCGAAAGAUCUUCUCUGCUUGAAAAGAAGAGAAGGUUGAGUAAGAAUUUGAACUCGAUUAGUAGAAGUGCGAACGCAUACAAACAACAGGCAGACGUGAAUGAGCUUCGAAAGGUCAAGACAAGAUUGAAGCAAGUUGAGAUGUUUUUGCCGACUAAUUUCACCUCGGAAUCCUGAGUCUCGAAAGUAUGUUCUAAUGACGAUGCUGCUUACAUCUUAGUUAACAUAAUGAUACUUCUGCAAUACUUUUAUUUCAAUUCUUUGUAUGAUAGGCGUUUAGUUUUUGAACUGUGAAUAGUGUUUUACGUCGGUUUAGUUUUGUUUUGACAACCAAGUUAUUGAAUGGUAAUUGCAUUCGCAACGCCGCCUUGAAGUUUAGUGGAAAGUCUAUUGAAGAUCCAGCUUUUAAUUAACAAUGCCUAUACGUUACAAAUUAAUUAAAUAUACUUCA